CUUCAAGCAUUGGAGAUGUUUGCAGACAGAGUGGAUCUGAGUACAGACAGGUUCACCUCCAAGCGACAGGACGUGGCACUGCAGGCAGCUGGCGUCAGUGUGCAGGAAUUUGAUCAGGGCCAAGGACUUGCCUUGUUUCUGAACGAAAACAGUUCUAACAGCCUGAGUGAAGGCCGGCUGUUCAGCUUUACCAAGGAGGAUGAAAGAGAGGGAUUUUUACAGACUGCUGACAUUGAUGUCUCCAUCAGUCUGCCUGCCAACCUCUCGAACGUACUACCUUUAGACAACACAACAGAAGUCCGAGUGAGCUACAUUUUGUACAACGACGACAGCUUGUUUGUUCAGCCUUCCCAGGAUGCCGAGCGAACCCGCAUCAUUAGCGGUAGAAUUGCAGGGAUGCAGGUGAAGAACCUACCAGAGCCAGUUGUCAUCACCUUUGCACCCACAAAGGAAGUUUCUGAUGAAGAAGGUUAAGUGGUGAGAUGUGUGUUCUGGGACUUUGAGGCUGAAGCAGGACAAGGGGCGUGGUCAUCAGAUGGGUGUAUGAGUCAGGGCAAGGCCAACGGACGGUACACGUGUACCUGUGACCACCUCACCAACUUCGCUGUGCUCUUCGAUGUGCAUGGUUCAGGGUUUGGAGACCACGAAAGACCACUACAAACCAUCACUUAUGUGGGCAGUAUAGUGUCCAUUAUUGCCCUGGUCCUCACCCUACUAUCUUUCACCAUUACAGGGAAGCAAAGACAAAGUGCCCGUAGUCCUCAUGCCAGGAACCAGCGCCUGGUCCUGAUCAACCUCUGCGUGGCUUUGUUGGCCAUUCUAAUCACCUUUUUAGCAGGCAUCGACCGAACGGCAUCUCCCAUUGUUUGCACUGCUGUAGCAGCUUUGUUACACUACUUCCUAUUGGCUGCGCUGAUGUGGAUGGUAGUUGAGGCUGUAAUGAUCUUUCUGGCCACCGUGAUGGUUUUUGGCCACUAUGUGUCUGAGAGUUUUGUCUACAAGGCUGCAGUUGUAGCUUGGGGCUUUCCGCUUUUUGCCAUGAUGUCGACUGUCGGGCCAUCUAGUCUCUACGAAUACAAGAACAGCGACUACUGUUGGCUGGCUCAUCUCCCCAUGACGUAUGCCUUUCUGCUUCCUGCUGGUCUCAUACUGAUGUUCAACAUGACAGUCUUCUCCAUCGUCAUGUACAAGCUGGCCAAGAGGGAGAAGGUGCAGAAAACGUUAACAGGUACCAAGAGGGAAGACGUAGACAACCAAUGGAUACUCGGUCAGCUUCGUCGGGCCUUCAGCAUCAUGUCUCUGUUUGGUCUCACAUGGGUGUUCGGCUUCUUUGUCAUCAGCGGUGGUCAACCUGCUUUCGCCUACCUGUUCUGCAUCUUCAACACUCUCCAGGGUCUCUUUGUCUUUAUCUUCCACUGCGUCUUGAGGGAGGAUAUGAGAAAGUGGCUCAAGAAAUUCGACUUCAAAGGAAAGAAGAAGAAUACGUGUGUUGUCGAUGAGAACAAGUCAUCUUCUGCACCAGCUGAGCUAAUGCAGUUUAAACCUUUACAACCUGGCAACAGUCCGGAUGGGUCAUUCGAAGAAGUUACUGAAUGAUACACUAGAAUUGUUACUAAAGAAACUGAAUGAAUUACUUGAAUAACGAAUCCUGUGUAUCUCUUCAAUUGGGUGUCUAACCUAGUUUGACGUUAUUGAGAUUAGUUCGCAAUUCAGACAUUGUCUUGGGUUGAAAAAAUCCCUUUCUUCAGAUUAAAAGAAUGAAUGGAAAAUUCAACAGUUUUAAAUUGAUUGCUAUAAAAUCUUGAAAUGUGGAUAG